AUGAAAGUGGAGAGGUACACAAAACUGGGUUACGCCGGAAAUACUGAGCCACAAUUCAUUAUCCCAUCAUGCAUUGCAAUAAGAGAAUCAGCCAAAGUAGGUGACCAAGCACAGAGGAGACUGGCCCAAGGCGUGGAUGAUCUAGACUUUUUUAUCGGAGAUGAAGCUCUAGUUAAACCCACCUACGCUACAAAGUGGCCGAUCCGGCAUGGCAUUGUGGAAGACUGGGAUCUUAUGGAAAGGUUCAUGGAACACGUUAUUUUUAAGUAUCUUCGAGCUGAACCAGAAGAUCACUAUUUUUUAAUGACUGAACCGCCACUGAACACUCCUGAAAACAGAGAGUAUCUUGCAGAGGUCAUGUUCGAAUCUUUUAACAUACCGGGCCUUUACAUUGCUGUGCAGGCAGUGCUAGCCUUAGCUGCGUCUUGGACUUCGCGACAAGUUGGGGACCGUACCUUAACAGGCACAGUUAUUGACAGCGGCGAUGGGGUGACCCAUGUCAUUCCAGUG